AACUUUUUGUGAAUACUAUUUAAAUUGAUUUCAUUACUGACUUUCUAAUUCUUUUCCCCAGCAUGAAUUAUGGUGACCAGAGAGGCAAAUCAGAGUUCUGUUUCAAUAUUCGUCCUCUUGGGUUUCUCAGAUUAUCCGGACCUCCAAGUGUCCCUCUUCCUGGUCUUCCUGAUCAUAUAUUUUAUAACUGUCAUGGGAAAUCUAGGACUGAUUGGCCUCAUCCGAAUCAACUCCAAACUUCACACCCCCAUGUACUUUUUCCUCAGCCAUUUGUCCUUUGUGGAUUUUUGUUAUUCUUCCAUCGUUGUUCCCAAGAUGUUGGUGGACUUACUUAAAGAGGACCGCAGCAUCUCCUUCUCUGGGUGUUUGGUACAACUUUUUUUCAUUUGUACAUUUGUAGUGACUGAGUCCUUCCUGUUGGCAGUGAUGGCUUAUGACCGCUUUGUGGCUAUUUGCAAUCCUUUGCUAUAUGCAGUUGCUAUGUCUCAGAAGCUUUGUGCCCUAUUGGUGGCUGGGUCAUAUAUAUGGGUUAUAGUCUGUUCUCUUCUACUCACGUGUUCUGCUAUACAAUUAUCAUUUUAGGGUUCAAACAUAAUUAAUCACUUUUUCUGUGAGUACUCAUCAGUUCUUACUCUCUCUUAUUCUGAUACAUAUUUGAACCAAAUGCUACUUUUCUGUGUCACUUUUAAUGAAGUAAGCACACUUUUGAUUAUCCUAGCCUCGUAUGUAUUCAUUUUUGUCACUGUCUUAAAGAUGAAUUCAUCCAGUGGGCGACGUAAAGCCUUCUCCACAUGUGCUUCUCUCCUAACUGUUAUCACCAUAUUUCCUGGUACCAUAAUAUUUCUCUAUUGUGUUCCAAACUCCAGAAACACUCGACACACUGUGAAAGUAGUUUCUGUGUUUUAUACAGUGGUAAUUUCCAUGCUCAAUCCUCUAAUAUACAGUUUGAGGAACAAAGAUGUCAAAGAAGCGGUCAUCAAAUUAAUGGAAAUUAAAGUAUCUUCUCCAUGAACAUAUCUCCUAUUAAUUAAAUUUUCCUGAUGACAAAUAUAUACAUCAAAACUUCAUAUGGAAUAAGUUCCAAUUAGAUAAAUGACCUAACUGAAAAAGAUCACAUCACUAUCAAUUUAGAGAAAUGGGGAGAUUAUCAUUCAUUAGGGCAAUA